CUGUGUUUACAAUCAGCAUUGCUUCCGGCUUCACGCGACUCAAAGAAACUUUAACAUGUGUGAACGUCAAAUGUACAGACAUUGAAGAAGCCACACUCCUGCCAUGUCGAGCGGGUGUAAGCCAGAUAUCCUGUGUUCCCCUCAUCACGCAGACCGUUAUGUGAUUUGUGACACCGAACUCAGCCUGUACCGGAUUGGACCCACAGGAACCUCAGAAACCAAAGCUGGUGCUCUUCCUUUAUCCAAGGAGACCGUGGCCACACUGCUGGCCAUCAACUCUGACACCCCGUAUAUGAAAUGUGUGGCCUGGUAUCCAAAGCAGGAACCUGAAUGUUUGUUGGCGGUGGGACAGGCCAAUGGCCGAGUUUUCCUGACCAGUCUGGGACAGAAUCACAACUCCAAAUGCAAAGAACUGGUAGGUAAAGAGUUUGUACCCAAGCAUGCCCGACAAUGCAACACCCUUGCAUGGAACCCGGUGGACAGUAACUGGCUUGCGGCUGGUUUGGAUAAACAUCGGGCAGAUUUCUCAGUUCUGAUAUGGGACAUCAGUAGUAAGUUUUCUCCCGAGGCAGUACCCACUGAGAAAGUUCGUCUGUCGGGAGACCCAGAUUCUGGGCUUGUAGUGACCAAGCCAUUGUAUGAAUUGGGCCAGAAUGAUGCAUGUCUAUCUCUUUGUUGGCUCCCUCGUGAUCAUCAAAAGUUACUCUUGGCUGGGAUGCACAGAAAUCUGGCGAUCUUUGACCUGCGGAACACUAGCCAAAAGACUUUCGUGAAUACCAAAGCCAUUCAGGGUGUAACGGUGGACCCUCACUUUCAAGAUCGUGUAGCAUCUUUCUUCGAAGGCCAAGUGGCUAUCUGGGAUUUGCGCAAAUUUGAGAAACCAGUCUUCACUUUAACAGAGCAGCCCAAGCCUUUGACUAAAGUGGCAUGGUGCCCGACUCGCAUGGGCCUGCUGGCCACACUGACACGCGACAGCAACAUUAUCCGGCUGUACGACAUGCAACACACACCCAUGCCCUUCGGUGACGAGGUUGAGCCCACCAUCAUUGAGCGCAGCGUGCAGCCUUGCAGUGAGAGCAUCAUCAGUAGCUUUGCCUGGCAUCCGUCGGCGCAGAACCGCAUGGUGGGGGUGUCGCCCAACAGGGUCAUGAAUGACUUUACCGUUUUUGAGCGCAUUUCAUUGGCCUGGAGCUCCACCACGUCGCUGAUGUGGGCGUGUGGGCGACACCUCUAUGAAUGCGCAGAGGGUGCCGGGCAGGGAACAACUCCUAAUGAAAAGGACAUUGCCACUAAGAUGAGGGAACGCGCACAGUCGCGCUACGGCCAUGAUACUGUACACGUGUGGCGAAACCAUGUGUUGGCUGGAGGGGACGAUCCCCAGCUGAGGUCGCUGUGGUAUACACUUCAUUUUAUGAAACAGUACACUGAAAAUGUGGAACAGAAGCAGCAGAAUAAUAAACAGUCGCUGAUCUACUCAGGCAUCAAAAACAUCGUCAAGUCCAGCUCUGGUACAACAGAGACAUGGCGGUGCUGGUCGGGUUCAGACAGACAGACUGAUGUACCGCGGUACCACAGCGAGGAGCGCAGUCUGGCUCUGCAGUUGUGUGGCUGGAUCCGUCGAGGGCCAGACAUUGAUGUGGAACCCUUUCUGAAGUCUCUGGAGCAGGAGGGCGAGUGGGAGAGAGCCGCAGCCGUCGCCCUCUUUAAUCUGGACAUCCGCAGGGCCAUACAAAUUCUUAAUAAAGGAGCUUCCACAGAGAAAGGUGAUCUGAAUCUGAAUGUUGUGGCCAUGGCUCUGUCGGGUUACACCGAUGAGAAGAACUCUCUGUGGAGAGAAAUGUGCAGCUCUCUUAGACUCCAGCUGAAGAAGCCCUACCUGUGUAUCAUGUUUGCCUUCCUCACCAGUGAACCUGGAGCCUAUGAUGGUGUCUUGUAUGAGAAUCGUGUGGCUGUCAGGGACCGGGUGGCCUUCGCAUGCAUGUUUUUAAACGACGCUCAGUUGCCUCGUUACAUAGACAAGUUGACCAAUGAUAUGAAAGAGGCUGGUAACCUGGAGGGCGUUCUGCUAACAGGCCUGACCAAAGACGGAGUUGAUCUCAUGGAGAGUUAUGUAGACCACACUGGAGACGUGCAGACGGCCAGUUUCUGCAUGCUGAAGGGCUCCCCAGGAGAAGUGCUGAAGGACCCUCGAGUCCAGUGCUGGAUUGAAAACUAUCGCAAUCUGCUGGACGCCUGGAGGUUCUGGCAUAAACGGGCUGAAUUUGACAUUCAUAGGAGCAAAUUGGAUCCCAGUUCAAAACCGCUUGCACAGGUGUUUGUGAGCUGUAACUUCUGUGGAAAGUCUAUAUCAUACAGCUGCUCAGCGAUGCCACACCAGGGUCGUGGAUUCAGUCAGUACGGGGUCAGUGGUUCACCCACUAAGUCAAAGGUCACCAGUUGCCCAGGCUGUCGCAAACCGCUUCCACGCUGUGCCCUCUGCUUAAUGAACAUGGGCACCCCUGUGUCCAGCUGUCCAGGCACAGGAAAACCAGAUGAGAAAGUUGAUCUCACACGAGACAAAAAACUGGCACAGUUCAAUAACUGGUUCACCUGGUGCCACAACUGCCGGCAUGGGGGUCACGCAGGUCACAUGCUCAGCUGGUUCAGAGAUCACAGCGAAUGUCCCGUAUCGGCCUGCACAUGUAAAUGCAUGCAGCUGGAUACCACAGGCAACCUGGUGCCUUCUGAUAGUGUAUAAGAGCCUGUCUGUCUUUCAUUUAGUGAUUUAAAUCUCCCACUUUACUAGAAACCAGCUACCUAUACUAAUAAGACAUAAAGACAUAGCAUGUGCACACUUCACUGGAAUUGAUGUCAACGACAGGUGCUCUAUUGUGACAGAAACUAAAGCAGUUAGAGUGUUAGGAUUAUGUUACCCAUGAUUAACAACUCACCCACCCACAGACAGUUGUGUUCCUGAGGUGUCCAAUCUGCUUGAGAAAGAAUGAAUGUGAAUGACUGGCAUGCACCAAUUCAUUGUGGUCUAGAAAUGAUUGGUAGCAAGAGUUUAAAAUACAGUAAUUUUAGUAUUGUAUUUAGUGACAGAGAAAGAGUUGAAGCAAUUAUUACAAUAAUCUCAACCUGAGGGGGUUGAAUGCAUGGGAGGAAAAUUUAGUUUAUGUCUCAAAGUGCUUUUUCAUGUGGUCAUCGACUAUUACUUGACUUUGAAUUAAGGGAAUCAUGUUAUUGUUUUAUUAUUCUGUAUUUAUUACAUAUUACUCCAUACCACAAUGAACCUCAGUCUGUUGUUAAUUGAUUUGUAAACUGUCUGAAAUGUACAAUAAGAAAAAAAUAUCUGAAACUUUUUUUUUUUUUUUUUUUAAGUAAGAAACUACCAUGGUAAAGGCAACGGUUAUACAGCAGUAAGGCAAAGCCCAGUUAAAAGACAUUACCAUUUAGACAUUAAUGUCUAAAAAGGAUUUUGAAUUUGUUUUAAAUAUGCUUUUAACAACAUAUUACACUAAAAGUUAUUUUUUUUAAUUUUUUUUUAUUGCUGUUUAAAAUAUGUAGGUUUAACAUUAGUGUUGAUCUGAAGAUAAUGGAAGAUGUAUUUUGCUUACCUUAAUUUAUUCCACAAUCAAUGCAACAAUUUAACGUCCUAGCUAUUUAAAUGAUUGUGUCUCUAUUUUUGGAAAUAAAAAGAGCCAUCCAUAAUGAACUAAUGUUAUUAAAACAUUUUGAGUCAAUUUCUUUAAUGUUUACUUUAUGCAUUUUACUUUAUCCUUAUUGUACUUCAUAACAAAAAUUAGUCCUGACUCCAGUAUAAUACCAUUUGAUUUGUACAGUUUUUCUUGUGGAACAUGAUAAAGAUAUGCAAUUAAAGGAAUAUUCCAGUUUAAUUACAAUCAACAGCAUUUGUUGCAUAAUAUUGAUUUCCACAGAAAUUAAUUUCGACGACUCUCUCCUUUUCUUUAAAAAAAAGGCAAAAAGUGAGGUUACAGUGAGGCAUUUACAAUGUAAGUGAAUGGGGCCAAUUUUUGGAGGGUUUUAAGGCAGAAAUGUGAAGAUCAUAAUUUUAUAAAAGCACUUACAUUAAUUAUUUUGAUGUUUUUAAAUCAUUGUUUACCAGGAUUACAGUUUACGGCGUGGUUUCAUAAACCAUGGUUUAUGGUUUAGGGCAGUGGAGUUGUAAAAUUGGCUAUAACUUCACACAGAAAAGGUUAGUAUGUGAUUUUAUCACACUACAAUCAUGUUAACAUGCAUUUUGUUUAUUUCUUAUGGCUAUACUUUUGAAACGGUGAGUAUUUUAAUGUUUACAGAUUGGCCCCCAUUCACUUCCAUUUUAAGUGCCUCAAUGCAAACCAGAUUUGUGCUUUUUCUGUUUUUAAAGGAGGAUAAGUUGAAAUUAUAUAUUUAACAUAAUGCAACAAAUGCUGUCGAUUGAGCUUAACUUGUAUUGAACCUGGAAUAUUCCUUUAAAGAUUAACUGUUCUCAUUCUCAAAACAGUAAUUAAAUUUUUUCUUGGUGGUGAUAAAAACAAAACAAAAAAAAAAUUAAUAACAUUCUUUUUUUUACUGUAAUGUAUAGAAUAAUGGGAAUAACAAAAGCAAAAUGUCUGGACCCAUUACAGUGAUGAGAAUUAAUAUUUUAAUUUUGAAUUAUAUUUAAUAAACAUACAUUAAUGUAGUUUUUAUAAAAUACAAUUAAUUUUCCCACUUUAACCCAUUCGAUUACCACACGAGAGAACCAAUGGCGUUUUGCUGUCAAACGAGGCGAAGCGGCAUUUUGAAUGUGAACAAUAAGGCAAAUGAAGAUUUUCAGUGAAUAACAACUUAAAUUUUGCUUGGUUCCUCAUACAAUGCAAUAGUAUGGAUUUAGAAGACUUUUAACAAAGCACAUGUGUAAUUUCAACUACUUUUUUGAAUGCUGAAUUAUGUAAUUUCUG